UAGAGUUUAAAUAUGAAUCGGCAGAUGUUAAUGGUUUCCUAACGGAGCAUUAGAAACGGAUUUGGAGAAACGUAUUUAAAGGACUUUGGAAGAAACUUUGUCCAUGUCUUCUGCUGGAUGAUGGCGCAGGCAGUCUCCAUCUCUCUACUGCUGCACUUUAUUCUGGGAAUCACUUGUGUCGCAGCAAUUGAAUUGAAGUUCAUGCCUGAUCCACCAAAACUGAACAUCUAUGGCACCUAUAGGAUGAACAGAUCUGACAACUUCGAACUAACUUGCAGAGGUCACCACUUCCUGAGGUGGACCACCCCUCCAACAAGCAGUCGUUUCUCCACCAGCGACUGCAGCGGAUCAGGACUCUUCUGCACAACACUGACAAUCACCAACGCAACGGUCAAUGAAACUGGACAGUAUCAGUGCUCCUACAGAGACCUGAAAGUUGAAGAUGGCAAGACUUCAGUGGCCCUUUACAUUUUUGUGAACGAUUACAAGGUGCCAUUUGUUCCAUCUGAAAAGGAGUAUGAGGUGGUUUUCAUCCGUGAAGGAGAACGUGUGGUGAUCCCGUGCCGAGGCUCCGUGGAAGAUCUUAAUGUCACUCUCAACACUAAGUAUCCCAUCAAGGAGCUUCGUCCUGAUGGGAAGGACUCUCUGUGGGACGCCAGGACGGGCUUCACGGUUCCCUCUCACCUGAUCAGCUAUGCCGGGGUGGUGUCCUGCCAGACUCAAAUCGGAAAUGAGACUUUCAGGUCUCCGCUCUACAUUGUGGCUGUUGUUGGAUACAAGAUUUAUGACCUCACCCUGACCCCCAUGCAGGAGAGACUGUCUGUGGGGGAGCGGCUAAUACUCAGCUGCACUGCCCACACCGAGCUCAACGUUGGCAUCGAGUUCAACUGGACGCAUUCUAGCGGGGCCCUGUCCUCUUUGAAUGGUUCGAGGCUGUCACAUGCCGUGUCCCAUAAGAAGAAGCUGUGGAACUCUCUGGAGCUCUCCAACACGCUCACCGUGGAGAACGUGACGCUGGACCACACUGGAGAGUUUACCUGCACGGCUUCCAGCGGCCAGAUGGACAAAAGUGCUUCAGCUUAUCUUAAAGUUUAUGAAAAACCUUUCAUUUAUAUGAAGGAGCCUUGGACGGAGGUAUGGGAAGUGAAUGUGGCUGAUCAAACAUCUACUGUGAUCCCUGUCAAGUACUCGGCUUACCCUGAACCCGACUUUAGAUGGUUAAAAAAUGGUAAAAAUUUAAAAGACGACUACAGAAUAAAACAGAAAAGUGACGCGUUGAUCAUCCGUGGCGUCACAGAAAUGGACGCUGGGAAUUACACCGUGGUCCUGAUCAACAGGAAAACCAAAGAGGUGCAGAGGCGGUCUUUCCGGCUGCUGGUCAACGUGCCUCCACACAUCAUUGAGAAGGAAGUGGCAGUGGACACUGACGUGUACCCUCAUGGCAGCAGUCCCACCCUGAGGUGCACAGCUCGGGGGAUACCCACACCUGCACAGAUUCACUGGCAGUGGAUGUCCAAGGAGGACUGUCCAGAAGCCUUUUCAUCUGGGCUGAUUAAGUCCGAGGCACAGCUGAGGCAGUGCACGGGAUGGAAAGAUAUCAACAACAACACUGGUCACAACCAUGUUGAGCGCAUCACAAAUGACACCAAUCACACUCAGAAGAAAAGUAUGAGCUCCUUAAAGAUUCAGAAAGCAGAGGCCCAUGCCCUCUACAGAUGCACGGCCGCAAACAAAGUCGGAAAGGAUUCUCGUGUAAUCUUUUUCCAUGUGACACGUGGCCUUGAGGUCAGCAUGUCUCCUUCUAACCAGCCUUUGGAAGAAGACCAUGUGGUCCUGCAGUGUAAGGCGGACAGGCUGAUCUAUGGAAACCUCGCCUGGUUUCGAGUCACAAACACGUCCGAGUCGGAACAUGUUGCAUCAGUGCAGCCCUGCCGCUCUGUGGCCCUGGAGCAAAGGCCUCUAUCGCAGGUGGUGCAUUCUACACUGCAGGGAACCAAUGUCACCCUGGAGCUGUCCCUGCCCAAUGCAUCCCGCCAUGAUGAGGGUCUGUAUGCCUGUCAGGUGGAAAACAUCAAAACUGGGGAGAGAACCUGCCUGCUGCGCAGACUUUCCCUCAAAGACCUUGAGGCUGCAAGAAUCCUCAAUAAUUUCACUGACCAAAAAGUCAACGUGAGUGCAACAAUCACUCUCCUCUGUGAGGCCUCUGGGACGCCAAACCCGACAGUCAUUUGGACCAAAAACAACCACAGUGUGGUGGAGGGAUCAGGCGUGAUUCUUGGCCGGCACAACCGCACUUUGACAAUUCAGCGAGUGAAGGGGGAGGACAGAGGACAGUACACCUGCACUGCGUGUAACACUCGCGGCUGUGACACCGCACAGGUGAAUCUGACGACUGAAGGUGCAGAGGAAAAAACUAACGUGGAGCUGAUUGUUCCUAUUGGCUCAGUGGUGAUCGCCAUGUUUUUCUGGUUACUGAUUGUCUUUGUCAUCCGUGGAAGAAAGAGACCAAACGGAGGAGAUCUGAAGACUGGCUACUUGUCCAUGAUUCUCGACUCAGAGGACAUGCCCAUGGACGAGCAGUGUGAGAGGCUCACGUAUGAUGCCAACAAAUGGGAGUUUCCACGGGACAGGCUGAAGCUGGGUGACCCACUGGGACGAGGGGCGUUCGGUCAGGUGGUAGAAGCAGCUGCCUUCGGCAUAGAGAAAGCCACCACCUGCACAACUGUUGCAGUCAAGAUGCUUAAGGAGGGAGCCACAACCAGUGAGUACCGAGCGUUGAUGUCGGAGCUGAAAAUUCUCAUCCACAUUGGACACCACCUCAAUGUUGUCAACCUGCUGGGGGCCUGUACGAAGCCUGGAGGGCCGCUGAUGGUGAUUGUUGAGUACUGUAAACAUGGAAAUCUCUCCAGCUACCUGAAGAGCAAGCGAGGAGAGUACAGCCCCUACAAGAGAAAACGAGUGGACAGCCAGAGGUGGACCCGUGCAGAGGAGGAUGUGACUGAGGGGGAUCUUGGUUUGGGGAAGAUUGCCCAGCUGGACAUCUGCACAGGGACGGCGGUGUGCUCCAGCGCAGGAGACGCAGCUUCAGGCAGCACUGUGGAAAUGCAGCAAGAAAGUUCAGAUUACGACCAUCUGACCAUGGAGGACCUGAUAAGUUACAGCUUCCAGGUGGCCAAAGGAAUGGAGUUUCUAUCAUCUCGCAAGUGCAUCCACAGAGAUCUGGCAGCCAGAAACAUUCUGCUGUCUGAGAACAACGUGGUGAAAAUUUGUGAUUUUGGCCUCGCCCGAGAUGUCUACAAAGAUCCUGACUAUGUUCGCAAGGGAGAUGCUCGCCUCCCUCUGAAGUGGAUGGCUCCUGAGACCAUAUUUGACCGGGUGUACACCACACAAAGUGACGUUUGGUCCUUCGGCGUCCUUCUCUGGGAGAUCUUUUCUUUGGGGGCUUCUCCCUAUCCGGGUGUUUGCAUUGAUGAGUCUUUCUGCAGGAGGCUGCGGGAAGGCACUAGGAUGAGGCCACCGGAAUACGCCACCACCGAGAUAUAUCAGACCAUGUUGGACUGCUGGCUGGAUCGUCCUACAGACAGACCGACAUUUGCUGACCUGGUGGAGCACCUGGGUAACCUGCUGCAGGCCAGUGCACAACAGGAUGGGAAGGACUACAUCCCACUGACAGCAGUUGAAGCAGAAGUGAGUCCGAUGGCCCCUGAACCGCGAAGCCUCUACAACAGGCCCCAGAGUGGGGUGAACAUGGAGGCUCAGCUUCAUUAUGACAGCCCAUCAUCUCUUGGACUCUCCCAACAACAGAGUGAGAGGUACAGUCGGCCUCUGAGCGUGAAGACCUUCGAAGACAUACCUCUGGUGCAGAGCAGCGUCAUGGAGGGUCACACAGACAGCGGUAUGGGCUUCUCACAAGAGGAGGUGAAGAGCUUGAACCAGCACCUACCAACUACACCCAACUUCAGUCAGCUGCUGCGCUGUAAGAGUAAGGAGUCUCUGGAGUCUGAGUCUUCCAAUCAGACCAGUGGAUAUCAGUCUGGGUACCACUCCGACGACACAGACACCCCCAUCUACGCCAAUGAGGAGAUGAUCAUGAAGCACAACAUGCUGAGUAAACCCCCUCUGCCUAAGACGCCUGAGAAAUUCAGCUUGGAGAUCCGCUACAGCACUCCGCCUGUCUGACCCCUCAGUCCCAGUCUUUUUACUGUACAGUAUUUGUUUACUCUAUCCAGGUAUCUACAUCUAGAAACAUUGUCCACAAUGCACAUGGCAGAACUGGGUUACGCUCCACCGUUGAGAUAUUUUCACAGGAGAUAACUUAUGAAGUUAUCUGGGAUAAAUGAAGGUUGUAUGAUAAGUUUGUCAGAGCAGCUCUCUUUGGACAGCCGGAGGAAUGCUAUCAUGUUUACACAGCAAGUCAAAUCUGUCGGAGGAGCCCAAACAGGGGGGCACGCCCACGUCCUGAGGCCCCAUCCACCCUCUUCCGCUACUGCAGGAAAUGGUAUCUGGAAUUUUUAGAUAAUUGAAUCAGCAAAUGUUCUCUUUUUUUCCUUCAUUAUGGUUGUUCUUUUCGGUUGGCACUGCAUGGCCAAUCAGGAGACUGUUCUCCCCAAAAUAAUGUUUCUAGAGUCACAUUUGUACAGCUACUUUAUUCAUAAUACUUGCAAUAUUUUAUUGAAAGUGUAUCACUAAACCUAUAAUAAAGUUACCUAGUUUUAUAGAAUAAAGUUACUCACAAAUUA